GCUUUUUUUCCGGAAGUCCCUGAAGGCAACACAGUGUACGCCCUGAGCAUGCGCAGUUGAGCAUCAUGGGGAAGACCGCUAUGGUUCAAAGAAUCCUUUUAAUUUCACUUUGGAGGCUGUCGUGAUAAACACACGGUUUUAUUGAAACUAACAAGUUCUGAGCAAGUUCUGAGUCCCAGUUCUGAGCAAUGAUUCACAGCCGAACUGCCUUCAUGUGUUGAAGCUUUGGAUCCAACCAGACCAGAGUGUGUAACGUCAGAUAUGGCCCGUGGGCACCAAAAGUUUCAGUCCCAACAGAAGAAUGCCAAAAAGCAAGCAGAGAUAAAGAAGAGCAAAGGACACGACCAGAAAGCAGCAGCUAAGGCUGCUUUAGUUUACACGUGCGCUGUGUGUCGGACACAAAUGCCUGACCCGAAGACCUUCAAGCAGCACUUUGAAAGCAGGCAUCCAAAGUCCCCGAUGCCCCCAGAGUUGGUAGAUGUGGAAGCGUAAAUAUUCACCCCCUCUGGACGAGCAUAUCAGCUGAUUCAGGACGCACCAGGACACUGUGGAGACAGUUUUGGAUUAAAUCCUCCAGCUGAUCCGUGAAUGAGUGUUUUCAUGCAGGGAUGUUUUUUUUUUUCGCUUACCUGUGGUAAAAUGAUCUGAUUUUUAGUUGUUUCUGGCCUCAGCUUAAUUCAGGUUCAUUACUGAAGGACAAAGGAAACAAAGAGUUGCGUCAACGAUUAAUGCUACUUUCUUGAUUGUUUGGGAUAUUUCCUGCCUCUUUUAAAACGAUUAGCUCUUGUUUGUGUGCUCUGUGCCUGGCUCUCCUGCUGUUUCAGAACAAACUGAACUCACCUGCAUCACAUCCAGCACAGCCCGGGACGGGUUUUUGACAGAUUAUAUUUUCACACACCAGGUUCAUAAUUAGGAUUUAUUCAGAAUAUUUGAAUAACAAAAUGUUUUUUUUAGAUGUUAAAACUUUUGUCGUUUGAGUGAAAUAUUUUUUACUUCCUGGCUUGCACUGAUUAAUUUUUUUAUGUAGAAUAUUUCAAGAACGGUUUAGUUUUGUGUUGUUGAUAUGAAGAAUAACACUGUGCUACACGGGUACUUAAAAUGUUCUUUACUUCCAGUUGUCAUAUUUUUUUCCAAUGUUUAGUUCAAGUCCUGUGGAACUUGGAGACAAAACUGUACAGAGGGUGGUGAAAACCUUCUGUAUAGACAUCAUGCUGUCUGUUAUUGAAGCUGUGGUUUGAAGUGGGUGCAGUAAAUGAUACUGUUCGGUGACUCCAGUUCCCACAGUUGGUCAUGGAACACACCGUGUGGCACAUCUGUAGUUUGAUAAUGACUCCAUUCAUCACUUGAAUUUUCUCUAAAAGUUGCACUGAAAGUCUAAACUGCACUGAGCUGUCAAGUCAGCUCUGCUCCUUAUUUUUGUGUGAAUUUCCUGCCACAACACGUCCACCGAUUUCAUUUAAAGAAAGGAUCUAUUUUCAGUACGUUUGAACCUCCACUGACAUCUGUGCUGAAGUCUCAGACAUGAUUUUACUAUUGUAAUAAUUAUAUCUUUUUCAGUCUAAUGUGAUGUAUAGCCUCUUAAUAAAAUUUCUUUUUUUUAACAAAA